CAGCAAAGCAACACCAUCCAGCAUCGCCGGCCCUUGUAUCGAGCUGCGCUUGCUCCACUCAUCUUUUCCUUUCAAGUUUCGAAGCUUACACGGCUGUCUCGUCACCACAUUCGCAUCUUCUUUUGUCCACAUCUCAAGCGGCGUCUCUGACAUUCGAAUCACUCAGUGUGAUCCUUCGAUAUGGACCUGCGCCCACCAAGUCGAGAAGGUCUGGCCCGAGGAGCUACCCGAUCCGCAAGUCGAGCCGCGCCUUCUUCCACCCUGCCACGGCCGUCCAGCGCAAGUAGGGGCUCCACCGCUGCAGGCAAUGCUGGUGCUACUUCUCGCUUCGGUUUCUCUGGUGCAGGUGGUACUCUACCACCCAGCGGCGCGGGCAAAGUGACCAGAUCGGGAGGGCUUUCUUCCAAGAGGGACGCGGAGAGCGCUGGAUUGGAAGAUGCAGCUGGUCCGAGUCGAAGACCGGCGGCUGCUCGCACCUCGGUGCUCAGAUCUUCAGUGUCCGCAUCCAACAAUCCUUUGAGCGCCUCCACUGGUCCUUCCUCGAGCAUACCUCCCUCCCCUGCCAAGAUUCUCGAGUCAGAAAUGGUCAAAACGGAGCUGGAAAGGCAGAGGCUGCUGCACGACCAGUCUUACGAGAAGCUUGAAGCGCUCUUUGUAGAGAAAGAUCUGGAGGUGCAAAAGCUUCAGAGGGAAAAGGUGGAGAUCUUCAGGAAUUGGGAGGAUCAGGUGGAGGAGCAUAAAGGCAAAGAGAGUGCCUGGAAAGAGACCAAGGCGAGAUUGGAGCAGGAAGUCUCGGCGUCGAGAAAGAGCGGGACGGCCGCGUCGAAUGACCUCGCGCUGCUGCAGACGAGACACGAUAGCCUUGCGCAGCAAUCAAGGACAGAGGUGUCCCAGCUGAAGCAGAGACUCAUCGCGGCUGAUGGGGAGAAUGCAGAGGCGAAAGAGCUCUGGAAACUGGAAAGAGCGGAGAGGGAACGGCUUACGCAAGAGUGGCAGAAGGAAAAGGAAGCGUUGGUCGGUGGAAAGGUCGCGGAAGCAACGAAUCGAGAAGAGGAUCGAAAAUUGGCCGAUGAGCUGCACAAACAAGUCAGUCAUGUCAGACAGCUGGAGUCCACUAAUUUGCACUUGGAAAAUGAAAACAAGAGGUUCAGGAGCAAUCAAGCUUCCAUCGAGGUGCUGCGUGAGGAGAAGCGUGCGCUGGAAGGACGUCUUGCUAGAUUGCAAGACACCGACAAACGCCUCGCCGAAGCGGAAGUGCGAGUGAUGCAGCUCGAAGAUGAGAAGGAGAAUUGGUCGAAAGAGCUCAAAGAAGGUUCUGUCGAAGCAUACACGAAGGCAUACAUGCUAGCGAGCGAUGCGACGCCCAGCUCGAGUUUGCCCACGAUCGAUGCCCCGCCAUCCCUCACACCUGAUAACAUCGCAGGCUUUAUCGCGACGCUCCGAGGCUCAUGCGAAGGCUUCAAGCAGAGACUCGUUCAUGUCCUGUCGAAAUUUGAAGCGGCUCAAAUCACUUCCCUGGAAGCUCAGAAAGAGGCGGAAAGCUUGAGAGGGGACUUUGAGAAACUCAGGGAAGAAAAGGAUGCUCUUAGCUUGGCCAAGCUGCGCGCCGAAAAGAUGGAGCAGAGCGCUCAAGAGGAAGUGAAGCGUCACAAGGCUAUCUUUGACACGUAUGAGAUGGAAGCUGCCAAUCACUCGGCUACGUACGACCGUGGCAACGCUGAGCUCGUGUCGGAGCUCGAGGCGGCUGUGCAAAGACUUCAGACGGAAUGCAGCGAGCUCAGUGCUGAGCUUGAAGCGGCUAGAGCACAGGUUCUUGCCGCAUCCAGUCGAGCUGUUCCCGAAGACAGCAAAGAGCGCGAGUUGGCUCAAGCGCAACUGCAGCAACUGCGCCAAGAAUUGGAGCAGGGACAAGUGGCACACAGUCAGCUUGAGAAGGAGUGCGAACGCCUGGGCAAGGAGAACGAUGAUAUUUGGAGACGUUACAUGGGAGGAGAACAUGCCAAGACGCUUCGAGUGCUCGAGAUGCCAGCUAAUCCAGCUGCUCAGAAGAUGGACUUGAGUCGCAAACGGAUCGAAGCGCUGCAGAGCGAGAAUGAGAAGCUGCUGGGCCGCGUGGCGGAGCUAGAGCGGCUUGAAGGAAACGGUGCGCAGCAGGGCGAUGCUGCUUCUGUUACGGCAGCUGAGACGAUGACGAUCGUCAAGGAGCUCAAGUCAUCUAUCGAGGCCAAGGAUAAGGCUCUACUUCGAUUGCGCCAGACCUUCAGUGCCAAAGCGCGAGAGUAUCGACAAGUUUUCGAAGCGCUCUUCGGGUACAAGUGCAAAUGGGAGAUGGACGGCCGGGUCAAGUUGACUUCCAGCUUUGCAAGGUCUAAGCACGGAACGACUUUGAUCUUUAGAUCGGAGGCCAAUAAUGUUGGCGAGAUGAAGGUGACGGGCGAAGCGCUGAGAGGCAUGGCCGAUGUGGAUAGCUUGAGGAGGUAUUGGCUGGAGGGGCAGUAUAACAGCGUGCCGUGCUUCUUGGCAGCGCUCAACAUUUCACUUUUCGAAAACACCACGCGCGCACAACUUGGCGGAUGGGCGCCUGCUGAUCCGGCAGAAGCUCAAGAGGAGGAGGAUUCAUGAGCGGAAGACUAGUCGCACAAUUAACAAGAGUGAAAUCACAUGUCGGGUUCAAGAAUGACUUGCCC